UACGUCAUCACUUACCCGCUCAAAUGAUUUCCCCUCACCGUUCUGAAAUCGCCCUGUAAUUCAACGCGCCGAUCGGCCACUACCCAGUUUGAUCCGCCGGCGGGCCGUCGGAACGAACGGCCACGCACUCAAACGUUCGCUGCCACCGCCUAGCCGGUCAAAUGGACAGCCAAGCACCGACCUGCCACGUGGUGGCGAUGCCGUAUCCCGGACGAGGCCACAUCAACCCCAUGAUGAACCUGUGCAAGAUCCUAGCCUCCCAGGCCCCGCACGUCGCCGUCACCUUCGUCCUCACCGAGGAGUGGCUUGGCCUCAUCGGCUCCGACCAGAAACCGAGCAACAUAUCCUUCGCCACCAUCCCGAACGUGCUCCCAUCUGAGCGGGUCCGGGCACAGCACUUCUCGGAGUUUGUCGAGGCCGUCUUCACCAAGAUGGAAGCCCCGUUCGAGGAGGUGCUCCACCGGCUCCGCCCUCCACCGGCCCUCAUCAUGGCCGAUGCGUUCCUGAUCUGGGCGGUCGGCAUCGGGAACCGGAGGAACAUUCCGGUGGCCUUGUUUUGGCCUGUUGCUGCGUCCACUUUCUCCUUCUUCUACCACUUACAACUUCUUGAGCAGAAAGGCUAUUUACCACAGAAUUUGUCAGAAAAAGGGGAAGAAAUGGUGGAUUGCAUUCCUGGGAUUCCUCCGACACGUUUGACGGACUUGGUUCGUGGCAAGAGUGAACAGAUGAUGCAAAGGCUCCGCCCGAUGUUCAACUGGGUCCGUAGGGCACGGUUCCUGUUGCUUUCUUCUGUGUACGAGAUUGAAUCUCACACGGUCGACGCUCUGAAGCCGAGCCUGUCGUUUCCUAUCUACACCGUCGGUCCAUCCAUCCCUUAUUUUGCACUUGAAGACAAUCCCCGCUCGAAUAGCGACUCGAAUUACAUUACAAAGUGGCUGGAUCGGCAGCCGGGCAGCUCUGUUUUGUACCUGUCUCUAGGAAGCUUCCUUUCAGUCUCGAGCUCCAAAAUGGAAGAGAUCGCGGCGGGAUUGCGGGACAGUAAUGUCCGGUUCUUGUGGGUGGUGGGCAAUGAGGCUUCCAGGCUGAAGGAGCUGUUGCCCCGCGGCGACAUGGGGAUCAUGGUGCCGUGGUGCGACCAGUUGUGGGCAUUGUCGCAUCCCUCUGUCGGGGGGUUCUGGACCCACUGCGGGUGGAACUCGAUCCAGGAGGGCAUCUACUUGGGGCUUCCGUUCCUGGCGUACCCAAUAGCCUUCGACCAAGGUCACAAUUGCAGGCUCGUCGUGGACGAAUGGAAGGUCGGGUGGAGGGUCGGCGAGGGCGACAUUGGCGGGCUACUUCGCAAGUUCAUGGAUAUGGACGACGAAGAGAGCAGAGAACUGAGGAGGAGGGCCGAACACCUUCGGGAGCUAUGCCGCCACGCGAUCGGACCGCACGGAUCGUCCAUGACUAAUAUCUGCGCCUUUGUUAGGGACAUUUCGAGCGUUGCGGCGAACAUUCAGGACAUUAAUUAGUACUUCAAUCUCCUGUUGAACAUAGCUGGAAUUAUUGUUCGC